CUGUAUACAUUCGAAAUUCAAAUAUUCAUUGAAUUUUUUUUUCAUGUCAGCAACGUGGAGCCGUUCAAGGUUAACCUGACAGCCGCCUGUAACUUCAACUGCCUGUGUACGGAGACCGACAUGGAGCCUGUCUGCGGUAACAACGGCCUCACGUACUUCUCACCGUGUCACGCUGGCUGUGCCGCCUUUUCUUCAAGAUCCAACUUCACUAACUGCGCCUGUGUCCACGAGAACAGUCGCGACAUGCUAGGUGUGGGUGUUGGUCUAAUGGAGGGAGCGUCCGCCUCAGCCCUCACAGCGGGCUCGCUCCGAGAGUACAGCGAGGUGACGGUGGUGCCGGUGGCUACGGCCGGCGCCUGUAACCCUCCCUGUACCACCAUCUUCCCGUUCCUCGUGCUGCUGUUCUUCAUGACUUUCGUGGUAGCGGUCACACAGAUGCCGCUACUCAUGAUUGUAUUGAGGUCGGUGAGUGAGGAGGAGCGUUCAUUUGCUCUGGGCAUGCAGUUCGUAAUAUUCCGUCUAUUUGGCUACAUCCCAGCACCCAUCGUCUUCGGCAACCUCAUCGACUCAACCUGCAUACUGUGGAAACAAUCAUGUAACGGUGAACAAGGAGGGAGGUGCCUGUUAUAUGACAUAGAACAAUUUCGAUACAGAUACGUCGGCCUCUGUGGGGGCAUAAAAAUAGUCGCAUUAGGUAUAUUUCUAGCGGACUGGUGGCUGGUGAGGAGACGGAGACAUCUAGAAACAUCAGCUCCACUGGAUCCUCAAAAGGAUAUCGCCGGUUCUAUUAUAAGUCUAGACAAAUUAUUCGAGGAGUUGCCGUCUGCGGAGAACGCGAGCGGCUUCAGGUCGGGAAUAACGUCCGGUCUCAGUUCCGCUACAAGCACGCCCAACGACCCUCUCGACGCGCACGAGCCUCACGACCAGCGUCGUCUGCAGCGGACAGACUCCCAGUACUCACAAGAGUCACAAAGCCGCGCAAACUCUCGCGUGUUGGUAGCGUCGCGUCACCUCCGCAACGACUCCAAGACCAUUCAACUAGAACCGCGAGCACGACAUCACAUCGAUGAGCGACCUCGAGACUUCCCUCGCUCCACUUCACGAGACUUCACAACCCACUCUCAUUCAAGAUCCACUUCACGCGACUUCAAGCCGCAUUCGCGAUCAGACUCCCGAGAUCUUGGACUCGAACAAUUAAAACAACUCGCCCUUAAAAGCAUGGACAGUCUCGACUUAACGGUGCUACCGCUCGCCAAAUGUGCGGACGAGGAGAGCAAACGGCUGAUAGAGGGCGCCGGUGUGCUGCGACAUAGACGGACCGGUUCAGGGACCUCAAGCCUAGCGAAAGUAAACACAAGCGAACCUCAUCACACCACAUCACUAUGGAACCCGGUGAUCUCAGUCUGCAGAUACAGAAAGGGCGGAAGCGUCGAUCAGCUGGCGACCACACAGACAGACCCGCGCGUCUAA